AUGACCACACCUGGAGCUGCACCUUAUGUCAAAACACAAUCUGAGGACCUGUGGAAUGAGGCUCUUAAACAAGUCCAGUUCACAAAUAUCUCAGCACUCGUCGCUGCGGGCUUAGAAAGGCGACAAAUCUUGGUAGAAAUUUUGGAUUUGGUGCAAAAGCAGGAACUCAAGGCUCAAGAAAGGAAAUGGAAGUGGAAAAAGAAAAAUGGUCAAGUGAUCAUUAUUCGCGACAUCUUUGUUAAGCUUGCAAUUUGGAUUGAAAAGUUCAAGUCUAUUGGGGAUAUUGUUGUGCAAUAUGAUCCAAUCCAUGCGAGUUUACCAUGGGCUGCUGUCAGGUUUCUAUUGCAGGCUGCUAUUAGCGAUAUCAACUCAAAUGGUGCUAUCCUUGAAGGCAUGGAGAUUGUUGUCAAUCUUCUAGCACGGUAUGAGAUCGUGGAGUAUCUCCACCUACAGAAAGCAUCGCGCGCGAAGUCUCUUCUGGCCGAUGCGAUUGUUAAGCUAUAUACUGCCAUUUUGGACUACCUUUUCCAAGCGCAUGCAUACUUCGAGCCUCAUAUUCUGAAGAAAAUUGCGCAUAGCUUCUUUCGUCCAGAAGAAUCAACACAUAAAUUCAUAUCGAGCAUCAAGCAAAACGAACUGGAAGUUGAGAAAUAUACGCGCCUCGUCUCUGAUGAAUCCCUUGGGAUUUCAUCAACGAAUCUACUGGGAAGUGACUUGGGACAACGUCUUGGACAAUUGCACAAUCUCACACAGACCAUUCAACAAGAUAUGUCAUCUGCAGAACUCAAGUGGAACAAAAUCGAACACCAUUUGGUCAAAGCCUUGAACGAUCUCAAGGAUCCCGUGCAGCGCAUUGCUGAAGAUCUAUCUAGUGUAAAAGAUAAUCUAGAGGAAAAGGAGCGAGUAAAGGUUUUUGAGUGGCUUACAAUGAUACCAAGCUCUAGCCACCACAGGGAAAAAUCGCGGAGCUUAUUAUCUGGUUCUUGCAAUUGGCUGUUGAGAAAGAAGGAAUUCAAGGAAUGGAUGGAGGCUAGUACAUCUUCCAUCUUGUGGCUCCAUGGAAUCCCCGGCAGUGGGAAGAGCAUGCUUGUAUGCCAUGUUAUCGAAUAUCUCCAAAGUCGAGCCCAACAGCAUCAAAGCUCUGCACCUAUUGCAUACUUCUAUUGUGUUCGAACUGUUAAUGAACCUGAAAGGGCUAAUCCAACAGAAAUACUAAGAAACAUACUAGAGCAGUUGUGCUCAUUAGAUGCAGAGACCCCAAUAAGGGAACCUGUGUCAAAACAAUAUCUUGCUCGGAAGAAGGAAGCCCGAGGACGAAAACCGGAGAGGCUCAGUCUCGAAGAAACGGUUAACAUUAUUCUAGAAUUGUUAGAAUCCAAUCCUGCAACCAUAGUCAUUGAUGGACUUGACGAAUGCGAUCCUAUUAAAAGAAAUGAUUUGCUUCUCGGCCUGCAAAAGAUCAUCACGAAGUCAAACAAUAUCGUCAAAGUUUUUGUCAGUAGCAGAGAUGACCAUGACAUCGUUCACCAUCUAGCUCGUUCCCCGAACCUAUACAUUCAUGCGACUGACAAUACUGCGGAUAUCAUAUUGUUCAUCAAAUCGCGUAUUAAGGAGGCAAUUCGAGAAGAUAAGCUUCUCUGCGGGCGUGUCUCAAGUCACUUGGAGAACAUCAUCAUUGACAAGUUGAUAGAGAAAGCUAAUGGCAUGUUUCGACUAGCAAGCAUGCACAUUGACAGCCUUUGUGAUCCAUAUCGGGUUAAAACGGAAGCCAACGUGCAUCAUGCACUCGACCACCUACCGCAAGAAUUGGGAAAGUCAUAUGGUGUGGUGAUAUCACAGAUCAUGCAAGCCGAAUAUCCUAACCCACUGUUAGCGUCGCGUGCAUUAAAAUGGCUUCUUUGCUCCCGCGAAGCUCUGAACUCUAAAACCUUCCCGCAAGCCAUUUUUGUGAAUAACGCAGGCCACCCACUAUUAUCAAAUGACGAAAUCUUAAGCAUCUGCUUCAACUUAGUAGUUUAUAAUAAAGAGACGGAUAAGUUUCAGUUUGCUCAUUUAUCGGUGCGGGAAUACCUUGAGUCCCAGCCCGGAUACUCAGCUGAAGAUACAAAUCUGAUGGCCGCGGAAGCAUGUUUAACUUAUAUCAUGUCAGAAUCACAAGAACGGCCUACGUUUAGGAACCACGCAGUAUGUUUUUGGGGUAAUUAUGCGAAAUCAGCUCCCAGUGCAAGACGUGAGGGUGCUUUAGGAGAGUUACUCGUAGACUUUCUAAUUUCUCCUUUUGAAUCGAGAAAUUCUGGGUUCGCCAAAUCUAGGCUCGAUUCUUACCUGCAGGGAAAUGAAUCACAUUUGCGCCCCUCAUGGAUCAAGGAUAGAACUAUGACGUUGUUGAUUUGGACUGUUUUUCUGGUCUGUAAGUAUGAUCUCAAUGAGAUUGUCAGUCGGCUUCUUUCUCAUGCAAAUCCCCAAUACGUUUUCACUGAGAAAAACUCGAUGGGUCUCAAUUGUGUCCAAACUUCAGCAUAUUUUGAUAGUUCGAUGGCUAUCAAUCUACUACACAAGAUAACGACGUCUAUACUGCCAAUGAAGCUCAACCAUAAGUUGUACUGGACUUCUGCAUACUAUAUUGCAUCCUACAACGGGAGCAGGCGGGCAGCCCAAACAAUAAUGGAGAUUCGAACGAAAGAAGAUACGAUGUGCGUGGACCACUCGGAACCCCGAAUAGUGAUGCGACCCACAUCGCUACUCAUGCUUCAGAAUAACGACGCCGACAUAACAUCAACACUAUUUAAAUCCUCCGAUGAGUGCAUCGGAUUAUGUAAUGAAUGCAGCUUUUUAAUUCUGGAGCCCCUCGAUAUGGUGAGCUUGAAUAUUGCGAAUGCUUUUGCCCCUCUCGACGCUGUUGAAAACGAUACAUCGUCUGCAAAACAAAACAAGGUUGCUGCCAUCGCUAAAGUCAUUUUGGAUACGAUGGAGCCUCACCACAGCAGGAUUAUGCGAGCUGCUAGGGACCCUUGGAUCGUAUCGAUUCAACUACUCGCAAUGACCUUUCGACAUGAAAUUUAUGAUAAGAACAUUUUCAUGCAUCAUUUAACGGAGGCAUUUUUAUACAUGUCCAUACAUGAAAAUAAUUCGAUCGUUGAUCAUAAUAAGUUUCUGUAUUUACAUUAUGAUGAUUAUAAUAAGCAUGUGUAUUCACAUUAUGAUGAUUAUAAUAAGCAUGUGUAUUCACAUUAUCGUGGUUUGUUCGAUGAAGCGAUCCAUAUGGAAGACAUCUUAGGUAUGCAGAGAGUGAUCAAUUGGAAGACACUUGUUCUGGGUCGACCUGUGGAUUUCCGCCGAGAUGACAUCCUAUGGUUACUUAAAGCGCGUACGAAAAUAGCUCCAGAUGUAAUCAACCUUGCAUUGUCCACCUGGGAUGGAGAAAUGAUAGAGGCGUUUUUAGAGUACAAUUCAGUUAAGAUUGACAAUGAAGUGAUUCGGUUCGUGGCGGGUAACGUAAAGCACGGCAAGGAGAUAAUGGAGAUGUUAUUGGCUCGAGAAAUGGAAACAGAAAUGUCGGAAACUGCGCUCGAAACUACGCUUGAAAGCGCGCAGUAG